UAUUAUUUGCGUAUCUUUAACCCGCGCCUUUUUUUUUUUGAGUGCACCUGUUCCCCCACGACCAACAACACGUCUAACGUUAUCUGCAUCUCAACAAGCACUUUGAACAGCGCAUGGACGCAACCCCAAGGAGCACUCACGCCUUGCACAGAUGAGCGCUAUGCGCUAUUGAGACUCGCUUUGCUAUAUUUAACAGCCGUGGGAUGUUCACUUCUCCUCUUUCAUAACCCCAGCUUCUCUUUUCCCUAAAAGGGUAGAUCUUGUACGGAAAUAUCUCGCCAUGUCGGAUCCUAUCGCUAUACACGGAUCCAAAUCCAAUUCGGAGCCAGCUCUCAAUGAAGCGACUGAAAUCACUUCCAGUGUUGGUACCACAGACACGGUGAUCUCUGGCCAUGACGAUGAUCUACUCGCUCCAAGCGACAAGGCUUCUGGCAUCUCCUCACCCCCAAGUCCGCGCCUCUCAAGAAAUGGAUCAUUCUCAGACAAGAGUUCAUCGCACGAGGACUGGGAUCCUUUCCCGCCCAUCGAGCGGCUGACAUUGUUCGACAUACUUGAUAACCUUGCCUUGCCCCAACGGUUGGAGCGACUACAAAAUACAAUUCAAGCUCAGACGGAGCGUGUGAGAAGACAUCGUGAGAAGCUAAAGUCGACAAGUAUGAAUGCGCGGGAUCUUGUGGUUGACGAGUGGCGUCGAAGGGUCCCAGCGCCUGAAGAACAACUCGAAAAAUACCGGAAACGGAUGCGUGACUCUGUAGACAAACUGGGCCGCCGUUGGAAUGACACCAAAGCUGUAACGACACGCGAGAAGAUUUCCUUUAUUGGCGGUGUCCUGAAUAUAUUCAUCAGCGGAUAUCUCAUUGGAGCUCGCCCGGAGUCCUUUUAUCUGUGGUAUACUUGGCAGCUCCUUUAUUAUAUGCCAAUACGCUACUAUUCUUACCAUAAAAAGGGCUGGCACUACUUUUUGGCCGACUUAUGUUAUUUUACAAAUCUGCUUGCAUUUCUCUCUUUUUGGGUUGCGCCUAGGUCGAAACGAUUAUUCAUCAGCACAUUCUGUCUGGCUUAUGGUAACAAUGCGGUCGCUAUUGCCAUGUGGAGAAACUCUCUUGUCUUCCACUCCUUAGACAAAGUGACUAGUUUGUUCAUCCAUAUCAUGCCUCCGGUUGCGCUCCACUGCAUUGUGCAUCUAAUGCCCCCAGAAUUUCAAAAGCAGCGCUUCCCGGCUGUUUACGCAAUAAAGACUAGUCCACCCGGAAGCAAGGAACAUUACUCGCUCCUGGCAAUGAUGAUCUGGGCUACUGUGCCAUAUAUAAUAUGGCAACUGUCCUAUCACUUCCUUAUCACUGUUCGUCGCCGCGAAAAGAUUGCUGCUGGACGUCCGACCAGCUUCACCUGGCUUCGAAAAUCAUAUGCCAAAACAUGGAUUGGAAAGACGGUGCUAUCGCUUCCGCAUGUACUGCAGGAGCCUGCAUUCAUGCUUAUCCAGUACGGAUACGCUCUCUGCACCAUCAUACCCUGCCCCCUAUGGUUUUGGUACCGUUGGCCGAGCGCGAUAUUUCUGCUCGUCGUUUUCACGUGGAGUGUGUAUAAUGGAGCCACGUAUUACAUUGACGUGUUCGGAAAGCGCUUUCAGAACGAGCUGGAGCAGUUAAGGAAGGAUGUUGCGAAAUGGCAAACCAGCCCAGCAAUGACGGCCAGCUCUCAGCCUCGACAGAAAUCGGAAGCGAGUGACCACAAUGCCGGGGACCUACAAUCAGCAAACGUUGAAGGAACUGCAGAGGAGAAUGGGUCCAUCUCAAAGAAGGAUGGGACGCGAAGAACAAGCAUCGAUAACAUACCAUUGCUCGACUCAAAGAAUGAGGGACCUACGGGUUCUGAUAUCGGCAUACAGGAUAUUGUAAGGGAACGGAAAUAAUUUGGGAACCCUAUAUAUUCCAUUCUCGUCCCCGAUCUUGUUUUCUUUGCCGGAGUAUAUUUUUGGUAGUGGCUCUUUAUCUUGGACACCCGUCUUCGCGUAUACUGUGUAAUGUAAUAUCAAUCCACGAUGGUCUCUACUGCCCAGUGACCAAUGAUGCGGCUCGAAUUAGAGUAGAACACGCCUUGAUUAUUUUCUGCAGAUCUCACAAAUGUCACAGAUACAGUACUUUAUUUGAUGGCGGGCCCACAUGUAGAUCUUUGUUGGCAGGAGAGGGACUCACAUUUGCAGAGACGGGCGUAUUGCUUAUGAGAAGACAAACCAUGUCCCAGGGUCUUGAGGCAUUUCGUCAGAUGGGGACCAAAGAAACUGCUCACUUGACAAAAUUUGUACCAUUUCUCGUGACCAUCAUGUCCUAAACCAUACAAAUGAUAUGAAAUCAAAAAUACUACACU